GUUCGAGGUUGCUCCCCAGUGAUUGAAGGGCUUCGGCCGUUCCCAAAUGACGGACCCCUUCGCAACUAACGCAGAAAAAAUGUAGUCUAAGGAAGCUGAGUAUCACGUGACAUGUGUUUGAAGAUUGGCACCAAAGACGAGCCCCGGCCAUCGUACCCCACCUCACAGCGUCACUGCCCGUGCGUCCCUCCCGCACCCAAGCAUUGAACCGCUGCCAACCGCGCAGCAACUCUUGGGCUGGAGGGGAGGUCAUCAGAUUGCCCCUCUUCGGCCGAACGUCGAGUCUGGCCACGGCCGGGUGCUCACACUGAGCCAUCAGCAAGUCAAGUCAAAUCAAUGCCCCGCACAUUGGCCCUGGGUGUGCGACCUUCCCACCUGGGAUGUACUGGGCGCAAUCUGCACGGCAACUUUAGAAGUAGCAUCCCUUACUGCCUUCGCCCUCUUUCCACCUCGCACCACCCCUCACCCUUCUCGAAUCGAUACUUGCUCGAACGAUCGACUGUCCUGCCCUCCCCCCGCGACACUGCUGAGCACUGUCGCCGCAUUACCAGCAACAGCACCCAGACCCGACCCUAUCUGACCGACGCCAUCCGCACCCAUCAAGCCCGCAAGAUGGCUCCCAAGCUCGACUCCUUUUUCUCCCAGGUCGACAGCCUGUCGGAUGCUUUCAUCGAGAGGCUCCGCGCGGCCGUCGCCAUCCCGUCUGUGUCAUCGGACGCCGCCCGCCGACCCGAUGUCGUUCGCAUGGCCCACUUCCUCGAGUCGGAGCUCAAGACUCUUGGUGCCCACGUAGAGCUGCGCCCGCUCGGAAAGCAGCCCGACAACCCUGCCCUGGACCUGCCGCCGGUUGUCCUGGCCCGCUACGGCUCCGAUCCUGCCAAGCGCACGAUCCUCGUCUACGGCCACUACGACGUCCAGCCCGCUGAGAAGUCGGAUGGCUGGGCCACGGAGCCCUUUGACCUCACCGUCGGCUCCGACGGCCGCAUGUUUGGCCGCGGCAGCACCGACGACAAGGGCCCGGUGCUCGGCUGGCUUAACGCCAUCGAGGCCCACCAGAAGGCUGGUGUCGACUUCCCCGUCAACCUACUCAUGUGCUUCGAGGGCAUGGAAGAGUACGGCUCCGAGGGUCUUGACGACCUCAUCAUUGCCGAAGCGCCAAAGUUCUUCAAGGAUGCCGAGGCUGUCUGCAUCUCGGACAACUACUGGCUCGGCACUGAGAAGCCUUGCCUGACCUACGGCCUGCGUGGUUGCAACUACUACAGCGUCGAGAUCAGCGGCCCCGGUGCUGACCUGCACUCUGGCGUCUUCGGUGGCACCGCCCAGGAGCCCAUGACUGAUCUGGUGCGCGUGCUGGGCACGCUGGUGGACACGUCGGGCAAGAUCCUGAUCCCCGGAAUCAACGAGCAGGUCGCGCCUAUCACAGCCGAGGAGGAGACUCUGUACGACAACAUCUCAUUCACAAUGGAGACGCUGCACGAGUCGCUCGGCUCCAAGACGACCAUCUUCGAGGACAAGAAGCCGACACUGAUGGCGCGGUGGCGCUACCCUUCUCUGUCCCUCCACGGUGUCGAGGGUGCCUUCUCGGCGCCUGGAGCCAAGACUGUCAUUCCUGCAAAGGUGAUUGGCAAGUUCUCCAUCCGGACGGUUCCCGACAUGGAGAUCGAGAAGACGAACGAGCUCGUGUACAAGUACGUCAAGGAGCAGUUUGCCAAGCUCGGCAGCAAGAACACCCUCAAUGUCUACGCCCAGCACACGGGCAAGUGGUGGGUGGCCAGCCCCAACCAUUGGAACUUCACGGCCGCCGCCAAGGCCGUCGAGCGCGUGUGGGGUGUUGCCCCUGACUUCACCCGCGAGGGUGGCAGCAUCCCCGUCACCCUCACCUUUGAGCAGGCCACAGGCAAGAAUGUCCUCCUGCUCCCCAUGGGAAGCUCUACCGAUGGCGCUCACUCCAUCAACGAGAAGCUCGACAAGCGCAACUACAUCGAGGGCAUUAAGCUCCUGGGCGCAUACCUACACUACGUGGCUGAGGAGCCCAAGAAAUAAGUGUGGGUGCCUGCCACGAUGUAGUUAUGAUUUCGAACGGGCACGUAAUUAUCUCGAGCUGUAUUCUUGUGGUUGGUGGCACACUGCCUGAUGAGUCCACGGUGAUUAAUCUGAUGGCUUUGUUCUACCAAUGUGAUAUGUUUUACCCCGCAGUGGAAUCAAGGAGUUCGUGCUCCUAGUCGAGACGCAAUUACGUAAUGAUGGUCCAAAGAGAGUGCGAUAUGAAUCACGACUUUUUUGUUGCUUCAGAUAGAAAUGCCAAGCGUGGCUACGCCUCCAGCACUAUAACUGCCUCUUAGGAAACCUGUGC